GGAAAAACAAUAACAACAACAGCGAGGGAUUAGGCAUCGGCCGAGCAAUCAGGAAGUCCAUUUAGGACAAAGCAGCGUUAAAAAUCCUCCCAGACUUUAGCCGUGAUCAUCAGAGCUGAGCUGCCAGUCCGAUUGGACAGCUGCAGGAGAUCUGUGGGGAGGAAAAAAAUAGAAGCACACAAAGGAGGGAUGAUAUAAAUAAGACAGGUGAAAAAUGAAAAACAGCUCCUGCACGAUCUCUGCCCUUCGCUGCCGUGAUAUUUCACUGCUGUCGGUGAGUGAGAGGAGGUGAGCUGGCCGCUGUGAUGCCUGGGGCACAGGAAUAGAAACACAGAGAGGGAGCAGGGACACUGCUGGAUAUGAAGAGCAUGCGUCAGCACUAAGGCAGGGUGACCCAGAGAGACAGCAGAGAUGAGCGAGGUAGAGCGACAGACAGAUUGAGGGUAGAGGUUAUUAUCAUGGCGUGAGAAGGGACGACGGAAAUAGACCCUGCUGGAUUUGUCACCUCCAGUGCCACACCUUGGCUGCAUCAUCCCCAGUGCUCCAUCCCGGCUGCAGCAGCUUCUACACGUGGGAUUUCCUUGUUUGGGAGGACAAUUACAACUAGUAGAUUCAUUUGGAACGAUCAGUUUGACACCUCUGAACAUUCACGCCACUGGCCUGCGAAGAGGACAAACUGUACUGUCUUUUAAAGAAGGCUGUCUUCUGUUUUUCUUCAGGAGAGGAAGCCCGCCCACAACAAUGCAAAAAUAGGGAUUAUGUUCAUUCUGCAUCAAGAAUUACUGUCCGCAGCGUGCCAGAGGAAUGCGUUACUAAAAGCUGUUUCCAUAAAGAUAAGCACCUGUGUUUUUACAGACUGCUCAGUCAGUGCACACAGACCGGCCAUCACUGUGUGAACAUGACGAACUCAUUGUCCGGCCAUUUUCAAGGAAAGCUGACUCAACCUAACUGAGGAAGACAAUGAAGGUGGGAGUACUGGAGGUAUACAGUGGUAGUAUAGUUAGUGGAAUAUAAUGCAGUGCCGUACUGUGAAUGACAUGCAGAAUACUGUACUUGUCUUCCUAAUGACAGCACAGACCUCGAAGCGAGCUGACUGACCGAGUGACUGACUAAGCGCGUGGGUUGCUCACUGACUGGAGCAGUGGCUAAUUGAGGACUUUGAGGACACGUAGCCCCGGGCAGGUAACGGCCGGGUGUUGGAGCCCCAUCAUGGGGGAGACGGCAGAAUACCAGAGGCUGCAGGAGACGUCAGAGUCUGACUACCAACGCCUGCCCAGCGACGAUGAAGAGAAACUGGGCAGUAGCAUGCAGUGUGAGGAAGGCACAGAAUGGCUGCUAGAGCUGCUGAUGGAGGUGCAGUUGCAGCAGUACUUCCUACGGAUACGAGAUGACCUUAACGUCACCCGGCUGUCGCACUUUGACUACGUCAAGAAUGAAGACCUGGAGAAGAUUGGCAUGGGUCGACCUGGACAGAGACGACUGUGGGAGGCCGUGAAAAGGAGGAAAGCCAUGUGCAAGCGCAAGUCCUGGAUGAGCAAGGUGUUCAGUGGUAAGCGUCCAGACGGAGGAGACUUCCCCCAGCAGGGUCAGCCGGCCUCCUCCUUUCGUAAGCUGUCUCCCACACCUCCACUGGGCCUCGGGGAGGGCGUCCUGGCCACACAGCCUGGUGGUGGCGCUCCUCUUGACGGGCAGCAGCAGGCUCUGACCUGCCUCAUCCCAGAGAAGGACCUGACGCUGUUUGAGAAGCUGGGCGACGGCUCCUUUGGUGUAGUGAAGAGAGGAGAGUGGCUGACACCUUCAGGGAAAGUGCUGAACGUAGCUGUGAAGUGUCUGAAGACAGACGUGCUCAGCCAGCCCGACGCUCUAGAGGACUUCAUCUGUGAGGUCAAUGCCAUGCACUCCCUGGACCACCAGAACCUCAUUCGCCUCUACGGUGUGGUGCUCACACACCCAAUGAAGAUGGUGACCGAGCUGGCUCCUCUGGGUUCUCUGCUGGAGCGUCUGCGAUGUGUUCGUCCACAGGGCCCGGUGUUGAUCCACACUCUGUGUCAGUAUGCUGUACAGGUGGCCUGUGGCAUGGCCUAUCUGGAGCAGAGGAGGUUCAUCCACAGGGACCUGGCAGCCAGGAACAUCCUGCUGGCGUCGGCUCACAGAGUAAAGAUCGGGGACUUUGGCCUGAUGAGGGCGCUGCCCAACAACCACGAGCACUACGUCAUGCAGGAGCAUCGAAAGGUCCCCUUUGCAUGGUGCGCCCCGGAGAGCCUGAAGACCAGAACGUUCUCCCAUGCUACAGACACGUGGAUGUUUGGAGUCACUCUCUGGGAGAUGUUCACACAUGGCCAGGAGCCUUGGCUGGGCCUCAAUGGGAGCCAGAUCCUGCACAAGAUCGAUAAAGAAGGUGAACGCCUCCCAAAGCCUGAGGACUGUCCGCAGGAUAUCUAUAAUGUGGUGCUGCAGUGUUGGGCUCAGAAACCAGACGACAGACCCACCUUUGUCGCCCUGCGAGAGUUCCUGCUUGAGACCAUGCCCACAGACAUGUGUGCUCUGCAGGACUUUGACGAACCCGACAAACUCCUGAUCCAGGUCAAUGAUGUCAUCACCAUCAUAGAGGGGAGGGCAGAGAACUACUGGUGGCGAGGUCAAAACAAGCGGACCCUUAAGGUCGGACCUUUCCCCAGAAACGUGGUGACAUCAGUAGCGGGUUUAUCAGCUCAUGACAUCAGCCGGCCGCUGAAGAACAGCUUCAUCCACACAGGACACGGAGACAGCAACCCUCAUCGCUGCUGGGGCUUCCCUGACAGGAUCGACGAUUUGUACCUCGGUAAUCCCAUGGAUCCUCCUGAUGUCCUGAGUGUGGACCUCAGUAAUGCUCGGCCCACGCAGCUACCAGGACGAGCUAGAAAGGAGCCUCCGCCCCGCCCUCCUCAACCAUCAUUGUUAAUCAAGAAGCCUUGCUACGAUCCAGUAAACGACGAUGAGGAUCUGACUUCGGCAGGACUAAAGAGAUUAUCGCUUCGUAAAACGGGUUCUGUGAAAGGCUUAAAACUGAAACCUGCUGCCUGGGUCUCUGCCUCCAAACAGAGUGGCGGCCGGAUUUCAGGCUCAGGCCACAACCCCAACAGUGAAGUGUCCCUCAUUGACUUUGGGGAGGAGUUCCCCUCACCCACACCAUCCCCCUCCCCUGUGAUUGAAAUUCAGAUUCCCUCACUGGCAAAGCUAGCGUUGGAAGCAGAGAACAUCCUGGACCGGACUCCACCUCAGAGUCCAUCUAAAUCAUUGCCCCGCCCCCUUCACCCAACACCUGUAGUGGACUGGGACGCCCGGCCUUUACCUCCACCCCCAGCCUAUGAUGAUGUAGCCCAAGACGAAGACGAUAUGGAGGUGAGCUCCAUCAACAGCUCGGAGCAGCAGCAUGAAGAGGAGCAGAGUGAAGUCCAUAACCCAGAUGAGACUCUCUACUCUGGACAGAAGGUGGAGUGUGACGCUCUUGUCUCCAGGGGUCCAGACAGAUCAGGCCUGGAGGACAACCUGUUUCUCCCCAGCAAGCAGAGCCAAGGUCUGUCCACCUCCUUCUCCCAGUCAGCAGAGAUCUUCCAGGAACUCCAGCAGGAGUGCAUGAGAAGGCUCAAUGUACCGAGUGGAAGUGCUGCACGGUCAAGCUCGCCAUCCCAGAGCUCAGUCUCAUGUCCUCAGACUCCACAGACACAGGAGGGACACCAGAGUGUCUUCUCCUCCAAUGAGGACAGACCCCAGAUCCCCCCACGUGUCCCCAUCCCCCCUCGCCCCAUAAAGAGGGGUGACUACACAUCUGCUCGUUGGUCAAGGGAUCUCUCCCUGUCACCGACGCCAGCUGACCCCAUAGAGGAGGUUUCAGGCUCAAACCAGGAACGACCACCUAUGAUCCCUCCCAGGGACCCUUUGUCCCAGCCGGGCUCCAGGACUCCCAGCCCCAUGGGCCUGGUAGUGGGCUCCCCCCAGCAGAGAGUGUACUCUGUCAGCCCCACCACCAUGCAGGCUCCUCUUACCUCCUGCCCCCCCACACACACCUACGGCUCCUACCUCUCCACAUCUCCGGGUAAACUCAUGCCUACCACACACAGCUUUGCCUCAGAUCCUAAAUAUGCUGCACCCAAAGUGAUCCAGGCGCAGGCGCAGGGGAAGGACGCCGCCAGCAAGGGCCCCUGUAUCCUCCCCAUUGUCCGCGAUGGACGUAAAGUCAGUAACACUCACUAUUACCUUCUACCAGAGCGGCCCCCGUACCUUGACCGCUACGACCGCUUCUUCAGGGAGGCAGAGAGCCUGCCUGCCAGCGGUGUGGAGGAGAGGCCUUUACGGCAAGCUAACACCGCCACCGUCAGACCCAUGGUGGUCAGCAGCCAGACUCUCCAUGGACACACCCAGGGACAGGGGCUUGUCCAGCCAGGCGAGCUGAAGGCUAAUUUCUCCUCCAACAAUAACAGCAGUCUGGGUGGGCUUCGGUCAGGGAUGAAGACAUCAGUUAGUCUCCCUCGCGUCUGCUCAGACGGGCUGACAGCGGCGGCAGUCACUGCUUCCUGCAUCAGGACAGACGGUGGAUGGAACUCAGCUGACAGGGUCAAAAUGGUGCAGGAGGCAGUGCACGGUGUCACAAUAGAGGAGUGCCAAGCCGCCCUCCAGAACCACAACUGGAAUGUCCAGAAAGCUAUUUAUUAUCUAAAGGUGGAGCAGUUGUUCUGUUUGGGUCUGAGGAGCAAGUCAGAGUGUCUAAAGCUGCUGGAGAUGUGUGACUGGAACCUGGAGGUGGCCAGCACUCAGAUGUUAGAUAACUAUGGAUCCACAACAAGACAGAGACGGUGACAGAGAUCAGAAGCCUCCGAGCUCUGAUUGGAACUUCAUCCUCAGUCAAACAUCAUCAGAGGAGGUGAAUCUGCUCCUGACCGUUCCCAUACACGCUUCAGACACGCCUCCAAUCAGAAGACUGUUAUCUGACCACAGAAGAAUCAAGCACAGUUUCACGAACUAGCACAAAAUACCAAACUUUACGACGGCUCCAUUCGUACUAAACAGGGACAAAAGACUUCAGCCUGGGAGCAAAAAAUAUUUGGUCUGAAAGAUAUGUGAUUGUUGCACUUAUUAAGAAAUUUAUAGACCUCCAUGUACGCCCUUUUUUAAGUCGUUCAGAGACAAAAAUGACACUUUUUUCAAUUUCAUUUAGUCAGCCUGAAACAUGUCACUCUAACAGGUUCCCAACAGAGUCACAGAUCCUGGGUGCUACCAUACUGUGUCAGAGCCACUUACUGGUAUCCUCACUGCCUCUAUUACACUGUUGACCAACUGCAGAGAGACACUCUAACCUUUCUUUUGUUAAUGUUAGAGAGCUGGUUUGAACAUGAAUGUGAAGAGGCCACAAUGAGUUAAAUAGCACAAUCUACACAGUAGGUCCACACUUUCCCACCAGGUCACUGUAUUUAGUCAGAAUAUGCCAAGAACUGGUUCAGUGUGACUGAACAGUGUCAGGAUUUAACCGAGAUACUGUAGUGUUAACAGAUUUUACCUCUGCCACAGAAAAGCACAACAAAAUACAAAACUAGAGGCGCACCAAUAUUUUAGAUAAGAAUUUAGCUGACAGCCGAUACCGAUGUUUAUUUUGUUUUGUUGUUAUUUAUUCGCCCCUCUGUACCAGGGAAACAAAGAAAUCUUUACAUAAAAAAGUCAUUCAGCCCUUCAUUACACUAUCAUUAAAUGAGCCCAAAUCUAAUCAUACAAAUUUAUGAAACAACCUUUAAAACAAACAAAUUCUUAACAUAAAAAACAUAUUUUAAAAACAAGUGCUUCAAAAGCCAUUUCACUAUAGUUCCCUCUCUAAUAUCUAUCUUAUGUUGCUGUAAAAACAAACAAUACAAACACAAUAAACAAUAGUUUCUCACCAAAAGCUAAAUUUUACAAGCUAACAUUGAAUGCAUCAUGAGAACAUUAUUAUUUCCCUUCACCCGACACAUAGAGCUUGAUCGCAUCACAAUGUAACUCAGUGCAACCUCCGUUAGCUGAUAGCGCCGGCUACCAGCCGCUACCAGCUAUCGUUAACUUGCUAUCCUCCUGCUGAUGUCAAAACCCAUUUGAUGUUCACAGUGUAGCAUUAUUAGGGAAACGAUAGAGUGUGUCCCCUGAUAGUGAGUUUACAGGGGAGCUGUGGGUCAGGAGCCAGAAGAAUGGCGGUUCAAACCCUGGCUCCUCCAGUUCGCAUGUCGAAGUAUUAUUGGGCAAGAUACUGAACCUCAAGUGCUCCUGAUGUCUUUGUGAGCACGUGUGAAUGGUAACUGAGUAGCAUGUGGCACCUUGUACUGUAGCCUCGGGCAACAGUGUGUGAACGUGUGAAUGUAAGUAGUGUAAAAGCACUCAGAGUGGUUGGAAGACUUUAAAAGCACUAUAGAAGUGCAGGUCCAUUUGUCCUUUGUUCCAAAGGUGUCCUGUGGAAGAUCUCUGUUUGUCUUAAACAUGUUUGCUAUUGUCCUCGAGACAACGGGGUGCUGUUAGUCUGGAGCUUUGAUUUGUAGCCUGCUCAAAAUUGAUGGAAAUGGUAAAUGGACUGCACUUGUAUAGCGCCUUCCUAGUCUUCCAAUCACUGAACGACUAUUAUACAGUGACACUGACACCAAUAACUACUAAGUGCUUUGUUGUGGGGACACACACCAAUUUGCUUUCAGAGCUAAUAGACCCACAGAGGAUGCCAUUGCUACAGCUCCCCACACCACCCUGACCCACCUAGAGCAGCAGGGCAGCUAUGUGAGGCUGCUCUUUAUUAAAGUGCUGUAACACUACAUGUCAAAUUCAUCCAUUCACACACACAUUCAUACUCUGGUCCCACCUGCUACUCAGUUUUUAAGACACUCACAGCCAUCAGUGGCAAUUUGGGGUUCAGUAUCUUGCUCAAGGAUACUUUGACAUGUCGACUGGAGCUGACAAUGUGUGUCCCAGUGUGACGUGACACAACGGAGAACAUCAGCCACUGCCAUCUGUCAUGUCAUCUUAUUUGCCGAUAGUGGUCAACAGGGCGAAUAUCGGCUGAUAAAUCGGUGCAUCCCUUUACAGAACUAACACAUCAUUUGCUCUUUAACAGUUAUAAAGAGGGGUGUGGAUGAGAUGAAGAAAACUGUUUGCUGCUCAAAGACUGUGGAGUCAAGAAAAACAUGGAAAAGAAAAAUUUCUCUACGAUUAGGUAACGCUCAUAUUCUCCCCCACAAGUGUUGACCUGAAUCUAAAGAUUUAAUGGAAACAGACGAUCAGGCAAGCAGUUAGUCCAAGUUCUACUUCUUCUACAGACCCACAAAACUGUCAAAUAUAUAAUCAAAGAGUAUAAACAAUAUCCCCUUUAUAAAAAAUUAUGUUUGUUAAGAAAAUACUGAUAAAUUAUUUUAAUAUAUUUCAAACACAGUGCUCAGAGACAAAAGAAGACUGUUAUGUUCAUUACAAGCCACUGUAUAAAUUAUUCAGAUGAGUCUCUCCUCACGAUAAACACUGAUCCAUGACUGCCGCCACAUGUGGCUCGAGAACAAAAAGGCCACGCAGUCAGUGGAAACUUCCUGCGCCAAGAUACAGUCUCUCCUUAUUCCUUCCCUCUAAGCACUUUGCCCAAACAGAACUCCUGCACAUCAGCUGAAACUCCUGCCAGCUGGGGAUUUUCUGCAGACUCCGUUGGCAGCUAAUAACAGCAACGUAGUGAAAUUCACCCCAAGGCACAGAUCCUGUCCCAUAAUCAUCAGUUAAAACCACAACUGUGAUAUUUUGGUCAGCAGCUUUGGGGGCAAUAAUUUAACACUGGGAGGACGUGUCAGGUCUGUGCGAACUCACUGCUGGAUGUGACAGUACACUUUGUGACUAGGUAUUGUUGCAGCGGAGCCCCUCGGCUGUGAACGCAGGAAGCUUGCAGGCAUUUUUUUCUCUGGUUUUAUUCCUGGGGCCAGAUGCACAAAACUCUGCAUAGAUUCAUGACUGUGUACGCACAGACAGAAAUGUGCAUGUGCAUUCUUUUGGUCAAAUUUAUAAAGCCAUGAGUGCACAUGCGUCUGUUUUAUCUAUCUCCAUCAUUGUGAAACUGAACACAAUCUGCACAAGCCCAACCCGGUGUGUCCCCCCCCUCUAAAAUUCACUUUCCUUUAGUCAACCACGUCAAAAAAACAAUACUUGACAAGCAACUAUGGUUGACUCAACACACAUGAUCUUCAGGUGCUAUUGAAAGAAGAACUCUUUGCCAACUGGUACCAAACUAUUUAAAUGACAAUAUAAAUAAUUACCCUUGUGAACUCACUGGCUCUGCGCCCACCGGCCCCUCAUGUCCACGGAAACCCCAGUAUGUGACAGGUCUGAGCUCAGUUUGCCUGUGCACAAACUUCAAAUGGCCUCUGAAAAGCAAAUAUGGAUCCACAACCAGCCGGAUAUCUGCCUGGGAACAUUAAGAGUCUUUGAAGAAAAAUAAAAAGUGUGUUUGGAAUUUAUUUCUAAAGCAUGUACAGGACUGAUUUUGGGUGACAACCUCCAGUAAAAGCUUUCCUCCCGUGUGCAAUAAGGCUGCUGUGAAACCUGUAACCUCCCAGUCUGUCCAUCCAUCAGUGCCAUGCAGCUUUCAUCUCUGUCAUCGUGUGUCCCAGUAAGUGAAACACAGGAAACACUGUUCUCAGUAUAAAGUGUUUGGUGACUCCGAUUUCCUCCCCACAGUAGGAUGACGUUGUCCUUAAACACUGAUCCAGUUUUGCCAGUUUUCCCCUCUGAUGUGUGUUUGGGUAAAGCUGACUGUUAACCGGUGCGAGAGGAUGACUGGAUGUGAGGGUGGCCCCCACAGUCUGUUCAUGUGUUGUUUGUCUUUAUACCAAGCUGCUGUAGUUGUAUUGAAGGACUGAAGUGAACCUUGUGGUGUUAUGAUCAACCUGAAGCAACAUUCUCCUGUUGUGGUGUUGACACUCUGAUGUUAGAAAUCUCUGUUCAGUUCUCUUUAGCUCUUUGUUACUUCAGAUACCGUCUGCUAUGUUCAGUCAUUCAUAUCGUUUUUGCUGUUUUUCUUUUCUCCUUCAAUCCAACUUGCCAUUUCUUCCUCAUUUGUAAGUAUUUGCUUCCCAGAAUGUGUUUUAUGUUUAAUGCCUACUGUACAGUUGGAUUUCAUUAUUUCUCCUCUCCUGGGUUGAUGGAAAUGUUCAAGAAAAGUUCAUGCUGCCGAAUUUAUAAAUGUAUUUUUUAUUAAAGAAUUAAUUAUUUUUUA